AAACAAUUUGUUUGAAAAUACGCAAUCUAGGAAAAUAAUCUAGUAAUUUUUUGUCGUAAAUUCUUUGUUACUAGCAUAGAGAUAUGAAUAUAUUGUAAAUAGAUAUCUAUAGGCAACAACUCCAAAACAACUUGAACGGUAUUAUGAUAAAUAAGUUCAAAAAAAUUAUUUUUGUUUAAUAAAUAAAGUGGAUUCAGUUGGAAAAAAUUUUUUAAAUCUUGUUAGUAAUAAUUCUUUUCAAUUAUUAAAAAAACAAUUAUUUAAUAUUUUAAUAAAAAUCAAAUACAACAAUGGCAUCAGGACUUGAAAGUUACGUUAACCACACUGUAUCUAUUAUCACAUCCGAUGGAAGAAAUUUUGUUGGAACAUUAAAAGGAUUUGAUCAAACAAUUAAUUUAAUUCUUGAUGAUUCUCAUGAACGAGUAUACAGUAUGACACAGGGUGUUGAACAAGUUGUUUUAGGUCUACAUAUAAUUAGAGGUGAUAAUGUAGCAAUAAUCGGAGAACUGGAUGAUGAGGUAGAUUCAAAACUUAAAUUAAGAUCAAUCCGUGCAGAACCUCUCAGUGCUGUUACUCAUUGAUUAAAUGAUUUUAUUGAUUGGAUUAUUGGUGUCUGUUAUAAAGUAAAUUUUUUAUUUUUCUUUAAAUAAAAAAUAUAAAUUUUUGUACAAAUACAUUGUAGGUAAACGUGAUAAUUUUUAUCCAAAUUUAAUCAUAACUGUA